AUCUACGUUCGCGUUAUGAAGGAGUCUCUGGGAGUCGUCAGAUGCCCGUGUGCUCACCGCCACCUUUUGGCGCUGCAUCGUCACGGGUUUCGGUCAGGCGAGAAGCAGUGAGGCGUACUACAUCGCCCAUCUAUCGCAGCGCAUCCCCGCGGCCUGCCGCCAGAUGCACCUGAUGGCCAUGCAGCCGCUGCACAGCCCAGCGGAACAAUGCAUCCUUCAUCGUGCGCCCCGACCCCCCAACCUCAUCAGCGCGACGAUCAUGCUCGUGCUUCUCCUUAUCAGCAGUAUGGUGGCUCUAUCAAUCGCCCAGGCGCCUCUCACGUGCGAGGCGGGGUGCCCCGCAGUGGCUGCUACAUCGGCCAACGACAGCAGCAGCAGCAGCAGCAGUAGCGGUAGCCGCUCCUCUGACUUUUAUGUGGUGCGUCGGGAGUGGCUGUCGCACCAUAUCGCGUCGUCCCUCUAUGCAGCGGUGGUCAGCCAGCACCUCAACCUGACUGUGGGGUGCGUCGGCCGCUCGUGGGAGGCCAGCCACAGCAAUGACGACGUGGGCGACAUGCGGAAGGGGUGCUACCAGGUGGAUGUGGAGGUGUGGCCGCAGCACGAGCAUGAGAGCGAGGAUGGCGACGCCGUCGGCACGCUGGACGGCGGGCAGGUCAGCUACCGCGGCACACGCGGGCUCUUCUUCCCCCGGGCACUCGCAAACCGUUUCCCAGAGCAGCACCUUGAGUACUGGCGGAUGCACGCCACCGCCAACAGUUCCUCUGCGGCACUUGGAUACUUCCAGACCACCACUGACCCGUCGUGCUGCGUCAGCAGCAGCAACGGCGGCAACGGGACUUCGGACAGCGAUGAGGGGGAGGUGAUGAGGGCUGAGUGUGAGUGCCAGGUGGUGUAUGCGUCGCCAUUCCUUGACCGUGGCGGCGAGCUGGGCCGCAUGCUGCGCGAGCUGGGGAUCCCUGCCUUUGUCGAGUAUGUGGGUGGCGGGGGCGGCAACGGGACGACCUUUGAGGAGGAGAUGGAGAGGCUACUGCUGGGGUGGGAGGAGGCAUUCAACCAGACAGCAGGUAAGGUACCUACUUACUGUCCAGAGAGAAGCAGCCACAGGCAUUCUUCCUUUCUCGCUGAUUUGGUUCGUUUGCUCCUCCCGCUUAGAUGCCGGGGACACUCUUCCCGCGGCCCCGCUGUUCGAGUACGUGUGGCCGGACCCCCUGACAGACCCUCUCACAUCCCCCCUACCGCUGCAGGAGCUGCUCCUCCCGCCCCCACCACCAUCAUGCGCAGACAAACUGGACCACCACCACCACCGACACGAGUUCCAAUCACGCGACGACGACCAGCAGGGAGAGGGAGAGGGAGAGGGAGGGAAGGGCGCCAACCCUCUCUGCUCAUACCAGGUGCGUCACACGAGAGAGAGAGAGGGAGAGCGCUAGCUGGAAGCGACCGCGUGGUUGUCUACAUCUGUGUCUGUGUCUGUGUCUGCGUGUCAGGUUCGCGUGUUGCGCAAGGAGGCUAGCGAGAUGCUGCUCCGGGAGUUCCCUGAGGCCAACUUUGUGUUGAACAAGAUGGCCCUCACGGCGGCAGACAUGCAGCUCCUCAUGAAGCGAGUCCACGGCCUCAUGGCGGCAGACGUCGAUGUCGAUCGCGACACGGCCGUCGACAGAAGCGUCAAGGAAUGGGUGGAUGCCCACCCGACGUAAGCAUGCACCACCUCCAUACCCACACAGGCGCCGUGCCCGAUAUCUCUCUAUCCCUCUCUCAUGUCAGGUUGGUGAGGUCGUGGCUGCCGUCGUCAUGCUCGUCGCAGGGGCUGGUGUUCAGCCCCCUGGACGCCUCUUGUCGCGCCGGCUGCCCUCUCGGCACGCAGCCAUGGGGCCUCCUGGAGUGCCGCGCCUGCCCGCCAGGCACUUACCGAGACGACAUCGAGCUGGCUGCAUGCCUGCCAUGCCCACCUGGUAACACUAACACACACACACACACACCGCUCACACCGCUCACACCCCUCACACCCCACACACCAUACCAUGCAACACCUGAUCCAUUAUGUGUUGUCUCAACAACAGGUACGUACCACAAUGCGUCGCUGUCCGAGCCGGCGUGUGCGCAGUGUCCGUUGGGGACGUUCAGCGUCGGCGAAGGGCAGGGCACCUGUGUGCAGUGCCGAGGCGGCCAGGGGCUCGCCUGCAACGAGAUGGCCGUCGGAGUCAGACCAGGAUAUCGUUUGCUGGAGCCGAUUCGCACACGGACGGGUGGCGAGGUGGCUCUGGUGGUGGCCCCCUGCCCCGUUAAGGAGGCGUGCCUGGCCUCGCAGUGGUGCGACGCAGACAGCAUCGACCAGGGCAUUUGCACCCCUUCUAAGGACCAGCUCCAGGCCACACAUGGCCAUGGGACGGAGCACAGGAUGGUGGAUGUACCCAAGCUGGACGACCAGUUCCAAGCGUAAGAACACACACACACACACACACGCACAUGGAUCGACCAGGUCAGGCCAAGUGCGCCUGAAUGUGUGUGUGUUGUGGGUCGAUACGUGUCUGUCAGGUGUGCUGAGCAUUACAGGGGCAAUCUGUGCAGCUCCUGCUCGGAUGGCUCCACCCGUCUGCUGCAGGGGCAGUGCGUGGCGUGCGCAGAGCUGCUCGGGAGGUGGGACCACGUUCUCAUAUCGGUCAGACCGACUCACCCAGACAGACCGACAGACAGCCCGCCGCAAUGCCUUCGCAAGUGUGGGCUUCUUCCUUCCAUGUGUGUGCAGGUGAGUGUGGUGAUCUUUCUGGUGCUGUGUCUGUGCUUCGUCUUCAUCAACCUACGCAAGAACCGCGGCAACCAAAUCAACGGGGCCCUGGGAAAGGUGUGUGUGCAUGUAUGUGCACAGUGACCUCACUCGCCCACAAAACGUCAAUUCCUGUGUGUGUGUGUGUGUGUGUGCGUGUGUGUGUGUGUUGCGUCACCUGUCAGAUCUUCCUCAACUACCUGCACCUGGUGAGCUUGGCGUUCUCUGCAGCUGCCUUCGACUUCGGUGCGCUCUUCCCUUCCUACGUGGACGCGGCUCGCAUCGCCGGCAACGCCACACUACAGCCGGACAGAAUGCUCUACCUCGGUACGGCCACCCCUCCACACACCCCCACACCCCCACCCACACCCACACACCCACACACACAGAGCACUCUCUCUUGUUCUCUGUUUCCUCUGUGUGUUGGCCAGGGUGUCUGUUUCAGUACCUGGGCUACGAGCCACAGGUUCUGCCGCAGAUCAACCUGGUCAUCGCCUUCGUGGCGCCGUUCGUCAUUACGGGUGUGGCCAACGUCGUGGCCUACUGCUGCCCGGGCGAUGACGCUGACGAGGACGACGCCGCCGGCCACAAGAAGGAGGACUACAGGCAGCCGAUGACGCCGCCCGGUGUCGUGCCGCCCAAGGACGACUCGUUCCACCAGCCGUCGACCUCCCUGACCAAUGUCAACACCAGCCACGGCUCGUCCGUCAACAACCCGCCAUCGACCAACCGCAAUCCGGACGACGUCCCGACCAGCCAGGAGGACGGCAACCUCACACACACCAAAGACGUACGUUAGUGAGAAGGAAUAUUUCUCACCCACACAGCACAGCCCCAAUCACCUCUCUCUGUGUCCUUCAUUCUUUCCUUGGGUCAUGCAGACUGAGGCCCAGCCCGCCCUAGCCCCGCCAGCAGCCCCGGUGCGUGCGCCCCGUGGCGGUUUCCGCAAGUUCUCCCUGCAGGCCGUGCAGGCCCUCCAGGCCGUUGCCAGUCCCCCUGCCAAAGUAGGCUCCCCCGGGUCGCCCCCGAUGUCGCCCGGGGGUGGGGAGAACCCCGACCAGCCGGCGCACGUGCGGCGGGGCGGUCGGAAGGCAAGCGUGAGGGGGUGGCAGGGCGAGAACCUCUUCAGGCCGGGGAUCGAGGUCGACUCGGUCAUGACCAACGCCACUGAUGUGGUGAGCGACAGAGAAGAAGGCAUGGCGGGGCGGGAUGUGUGUGUGGUGUUGUGUGUCUGUGUUGUUCAGGCGUCUGUUGGUCUGGAGGUGGGGUAUGCGUCUCAGAUGAUGGCUGACCUGGACUUCGACGGGCUGCGUUCGUCGCUGGUGAGCUCCUCCCGGCCCAACUACGACAGCAACACAUUCGUCGACUCCACGCCACUCGGAUUUCCUGCCAAGCCCAAGGUGCGGUGCCCUUCACACCUUCACACGCACACACGUGUGUGUGCAUCGUCUCAUGCGAAUCUCACCCAUCAGGAGGAAGACUCCCCCCCUCCCUCUCCCCCUCCCUCUCCCCCAAGCCAACAGGGCGGUGUGGACCUCGCGAAGCUCCGAAGAGCCAUUGAGACCCGCAAGACCCGGCAGCAGCUGGAGGUGCAGACGUCUGAGGAGCAUGACGCCACCACCAUCGUCACCAGCGGCGGUGAUCCCGCUUCCACCCCGGGGGGGCAGGAGAGAGACAGCCUUCAGGACGUUACCUCAUCCAAACAGUCGGCAGCGGCGACGGCAGCCACUGGAACCACUACCCCCACCGGUAGGUAGACAAACACACCACCCACCCAACAUCCACACCCACCAAUGGUCGAUGGACAUCCGUCCGUCAUUUUGUGUGCGAUCGAUGUUGCCUGCUGAAACAGGGAGUGCCAGCCAUUCUUAUGGCUUCGGCUCGAGCGACAGCGUGUCUCGGAAGCCGCCUCCCCGUAUAGUGGAGGAGGUGGGUGAGCACAUGGCCGAGAUGCCCCCGCAGGAGCGCAGCUGGAUCAAGCGCGUGGGCGACCAGAACAAGAUGUUCCUCGAGAAGUCGCACGAAAACGCAGCCAUGAUGGCCAAGGCGCUGAAGAAGGGAAUCGGUGAGUGAGAAACAGACAGAGGGAAGGAGAGAGAGAGGGAGGGAGCUGGCAUCUCCGUCUGUGUAUGUUAUCGAUGUCAGUGUGGUCGAUCGGUUUGAGUAUCCGAGUGACGAUGCGGCUGAUAGCCCUGACGACACUAGAUCUGUUCGCCAACCGCAUCGCCAUGAUUCUCAUGCUCAUCUUCCACCCCGUCAUCAUCAAAACGUCCGCAGCCCUCCCCCAAACCCCAACUCACACCCCUUCUCCGCUUAUCCAUUCUCUCUCUCUGUGUGUGUGCGUGUGUCGGUGGUGGGACAGGUAUCUGGACAGCAUCAGCUGUGUGGAGCUGCUGCCCGAGGGCACGGCGAGCCUCGCCCCCGACGCCAACCGGUGGUUCAUGAAGACCAACCUCGACAGAAUCUGCCCCAUGGCAUCUGGGGUAAGCCGAGAGAGGGACGAUAUCCACCACGCAGCACGCGACACGGAGGGAUCCAUGCGUGUGGGUGGGUGUGCAGGUGUUUGAGUGGGACUUUUGGCUGGCGAGUGCUGGUCUGCUGAUAUGGGGCAUCCUGUUCCCCCUGUUUGGCUUUAUUCUCAUCGGCGUCAGGCAGGAGGCAAUCCUCAUUCACGCGGAAGGUGCGUCAGCCCAUCCAUCCAUCCAUCCGCCAUUCGCCCCCCUGAACCAACACACACACACCCGCCACCCCACCUGCUGUGUGUGUGGUUGUGUCAGAGCGAGCCCGGUUCGGCUUUAUGAUCAACGGUUAUCGAGAGGACUUUUAUCACUGGGAGUGUGUCCAGCUGCUCAGGAAAGUCAUACUACUCGUCUGCCUCGGUGAGGGGGUGGGUGGGUCUGUCUGGCGUGCACUGGCUGCACGCAGGACGCAAGACGGGCUGGGCUGGGCUGGGCUGGCUCGUUUGACUGACUCCGAUCUGCGGGUGUGGUGUGUAUGUGUUGUGUGUUCUGUGUUUGCCGCCUCUGUGUCUGUCUGCUAUUUCAGCCUUGCCGUAUGGCAAUGAGUUUCGGGCUUUUUGGAUGCUCGUGUUUGGAGUGGUCUUCCUCUCGUUUCAGCUCGUCUUCCAGCCAUAUGGUCAGUCCCCUCCCUCCCUCCCUCUCGCCAUCACACAAAGAGACGGAUGGCACGCUCACUCGUCUGUAUGUGCGGUGUGUGUGUGUGUGUGUGUCUGUGUGUGUAUUGUAGAUGACCGGCACCACAACAUGUUUAACCGUCUGGAGCAGUGGUCUCUCGUCAACUUUGUGGUCACCCUCUUCGCCGCCAUCUUCUGGAGCCUCCGGGCCUUCAGCGACACCUACGACGCCGACGCGCUCAACCAGGGGGUCAGCCACACCACACCAGCCAUGGAGCCGCAAUGGCUCACGCGGAGUGCAUGAUCCACGUGUGUGUGUGUGUGUGUGUUGGUUGGUGUGUGAUAACUGUCAGUUUGAAGCCUUGGGUGGCGGCGCCACUCCGUCAUCGACGAUAGCUGCGCAGAUCAUCCUGGCGCUGGUGACGUUUCUGCAGACCUUUUUCAUGGCCUUCUUCGCGUGGGCCUUCCUCAGAACCAAUAUCACACCGCUCAGGUAGGUUAGCUACCUGGUCUGGUAUCCUGUCAGCCCUUUCCCCCCUACACACACACACACAACCCUCUCUCUCUCUCUGUGUGGGUCUCAGGGAGUGGCGCUCGCUGGGCGGUCGGCUGUGCCACAAGAUGGAGAUGACUGAGGAAGGCUUCUUGAAGAUCCAGGACCUCAAGCUCUGGGAGAAGAGACAAUUCGCAAAGGCCAUCGCCAACGCCGUCGUGCAGGUACCCUCACCCUCUCCCUCUCCCUCUCCCUCUCCCUCUCCCUCCCCCUCAUAUGCGCGUCUCUUUGUUGCCGUGACGUAUGGGUGUCUGUGUUGAUGCAGUUGGUGGGCCAUCCGAAGAUAGUGUGGUUCGACCCUGCCGACCUCCGGGACACCUUAAAGAGCGCCUUCCGCCGCCACCAGGAGUUUCCCCACGAGAGGCACGCCACAGGGCUGGGCAAACUGCUCGACAGGGUGCUCAACGCCAGAAACGAACGCUACGAGAGGUGGGUGCUCCUCGGCUCGGCACACACACGUGCCACACGCGUCGAUAUAUGGCGUCGUGUGUGGUGUGCAUCUCUCUCCCUCUGUGUGUGGUGUGUGUGGUGUGUUUGUGUGUUCAGCCGUCUCCGUUUUGUGGAGCAAGUUCGCAAGAAGUUUUCUUCCGCGAGUUUGCCGACGAGCAGCGCGUCCUCUUGGGGCGGCUGCUGGGGCUCCUGCGCCACUCGGUGGCGGCUGUGUUGGCAGGGGGCACUCAAAUGCAUCACCUGCAAGACCUAUGGCAAGGACCGAGCCGGCAGCAACGGUGAGGGAGGGAGGGCGAGAGGGAUACCAUGGCUGGCCGCACUGUGUGGUCUGUGUGGUUGUUGCCAGCAGAUUCCCCCCACCACUUGACGAACAGCCAGACCCUCAAGAGCCUCUACAAGUCCUACGUGUCGGGCCGCUCCGACACCUCCCUGCCGCAGGACCUCGCCGUGCAAAUCGAGACCGACCCCGAGGACGACCCACACAGGCCAAUCCUCAGACACCUCUUCAUGUGUGACCGGUGCGUCUGCAGGCCUCUGCCUCCGCCCUCCCUCGCAGCACACCUGCCUUUGCACCCUCGUGUGUGUGUGUGUGUUUGUGUGUGUGCAGAUGUCGGACGAUCCGCCGAGGAAUCAGCUUUGUGUGCAGCAUGCCCGACUGCGGCUACCGUGUGUGCCGCACCUGCAUGCCCACCCUGUGGAGCGACUGGACCGACAAACGCACCGACAGCAACGACACUGUGGGAGGGGACUUCCCGCGGGAGCUCGACGGCCGCGAGCCACACGUCCACAUCACGCAGAACCACCACCCCACCAUGUACGUCUGUCUGUGUCCAGUGCGGCGCGGUGCGGUGGGGUGCGUUCAAUUUAAGCUGAUUGGUGUCUGUCUGUGCAUGUGCCACAGGUUGGUGUUGGAGCGUCAGUCUGAGCUUGGCAUGACUGUCGAGGAGCUGCAGAGACGACUGUGGGAGGUCCCAACCAGAAAGAAAAAACUCAAGGUGGGUAGGGGACGUCCCACCGACCCAUCCACCUAUGCAUGGCUCUCUCCCUGUGAGGGUGUUUCUGACGUGCAGAACCAGCAGGAGGCCGAGCCUCGUUUCCGUCGGAUCAGCCGCACCCGCACAGCUGACCUGACCGAGGCCGGGCUGAGGUACCAGUACACUGUCACGCCUUUGCCCCCGCCCAUCCCCCGCGAAGAGCGGCAUCAGCAGCAAGCCACCAGCACCAACCUCAAGCACAAGACCACCAAACUCACCACCCACAGAGCGGCGUCCAUCCGGCACAAGCCGACACGUCAGGCCAGCGACGAGACGGUGGACCACCAUUCCACCGCCCACAACGGUCACGCCGCGGGGGGGCCGCCGACGAUAACCAUCUCCCAGGUCAACAACGCCAUCAGCAACAUCACCAAUAACAAUAAUGACAGCACCAACGGCAACAACCUAUAUGUGGCGAGCCUGACGCGCCCGGCCAACAACCACCAGCCCAACAGUCAGGUCAACAUCUUCUCUCACCCCAACAUGUUCUCCCAGCCGCUGACCACCAAGGCCGGCCGCCCGGUGCCCGUGCCAGCCUCCAUCUGGCGGGAACAGCUGCGUGACCUUGAUGAAACCAUCCGGCAGGGCCUCCCUUUGUCACAACCCCCUCCCAUGUCGCUGGACUUGACCGCCGCCCCUCGCGGCAACGUCAACUCGCUCAAGAACCUCCUGGCCCCGCCGAUGCGCGAGAGGCCCGACAGACUCAUGGCCCGCAGAACCGAGAGGUGGGAGAGGGAGAGGGAGAGGGAGGUGCCCUCCCCCCGGCCCCUUCAGCUGGCCCUUGCAAGUGGCCCCACACCUGCACCGUCUUUGCUGCCCGGUGGUGGUGAGGAGCCUUCGUCUUCUAUCGACCCUCGGAUGGCCGACAUGUUUGCGCAGAUCCAGAUCCAGCACCACAGCCACGUCUCCCGGGACAGCGUCGACAGCCGCCGGUCGUCGCACCGCUCGACGCACAGGACGUCCAGCAAGGGCCCCGGGGAGAACUCCAACCUCUCCCAGCCGUCGUCCAUUCCCUCACGGCCGCCGUCCCCCUCGGCCAGCAGCCGGGGCGGCCCCCCGAGUGACAUUGACAACGACACGACCGACAGGGACAUCAAGUCGACGCCCGAGCCGUCGAUCCCCACCUCGUCGAUGGUCAUGGCCGGCCAGCUCCGGCCACACACCGGCGGCAAGUACAAGGUGCGCGCCGACGUCAGGAGGGAGCGGGAGGCCCUGCCGCCGGCCUUCCGCUUCACAGCCGAGGGGCCGCUUGGCGGGACGCCGUCAGCACCGCCGGCGCCCAUCCCCCCACACAUCCCCUCUGGCACCAUCGGCCCGCCUGCCACCAGCAGUGAGGGGCUGCCUACGCCCGACCCGCACGAGCGUCCGUCGGCCCCCGCCCACCGGCAGCACCGAAGGCAACCGCACUCCGGGAGGAGGAACCGUGGCUAUGUGCUGGACAUUCAGGAGGCCUAUGCCCUGCGCAUGGGGGCGGUGGAAGACGUCCACGGUGGCCCAGCUGAGGGUGGCGACGGUGGGGAUGGCGCUGACGACAUGAAUAUGGCGGAUGUGAUGGAGAGAGGUGUGGGUGUGGGUGAGGGUGAGGGCGGUGGGGCGUCCUCGGCAGACGGCGGUCUUGGGCUGGGUGCGGGUGUGAUGGCUGCGCACCACAUGGCGACCCCCGAGCUCAUAAUGCGCCAUUCCCAGCAGCGAGGUGAAAGGGGAUAGCUGAGCUGAGAGGCAACACCAUGCAAUGCACACCACCAGACAGUGAGUGGGCCUGCCUACCCAACAGCAUUUAGUCGACAGACACACAGAGAGACACUACACCCACUUGACGACUGCACUCAACUCUCGCCGUGACGCACCUGUCAUCUCUCUCUCCGCUCUCCCUCUCUCUGUCUGUCUGUUGUGUGUGUGCAGGAGGUAUAUGGUGCAUGCCGUGUGUGCAUUGGCAGGAGAUGAUGCGCCAGGCCGCCCUGCGACAAGCCGAUGACGGCCAGGACAGCGACGAGGAGUCCCAGUGGCUCAAGUCAGUCCCCGUCUGCGAGGCCUGCAUGCGCUCCCGCGCAAUGUCUUGAUUGAUUGACCUAACACCACCAGCCAGCCACCCUCCGUGUGUGGGACAUGUGUGUGUGUGCAUGUCUGUCUGAGUGUGUGUGGGCUUUAUAAAGGAGCGGGUGGUAGAGGGCGGGGGGUAAAAUGGAUAAGUGGCGGGCGGCGCGUUGUGUUGUGUCCACUGAUCUGUGCUGCGGUGGGGGGCGAUUGGGAGAUUGGGUGGAAAGUUGGUGUUUUGACGCUGAUGCCUUACUGGGUGGCACCUUGUCUUGAUCUCUAUGUGGUAUGGUGUUCUGUCUGUCUGUCUGUCUGUUGGCGUGAGUGAUGCAGCCCUUUUUUGAAUGCAUGCAGGAGCGCAUCCGUCUAUCUAUAUGUGUGUGUGUCUGUGCGCGCGUCAUGGCUUGUGGGGGGAUGGUGUGCGUACCUUUCCAUCGCAGCGAUGGACGGAUGGACGUCUGUGCAAUCUAUUCGCUUUUUGCGACCGACACAGACAGAGAGAGACAGAGAGAGAGAUCCGGUUGUCUUUUUGCUUGCGUGCUGCUCGUCUGUCUGUCUAUCUGUUUCUUCGGCAGGCAGGGCUUCUUGAUUGUUCUGUUGGUUCCUUUAUCCAUCUCCCUGUCUGGCGGCCGUGCCGUGCCGCUCGAUUUAACCUUGUCCUUGAUCGGUGUGGUGCCUGUCCGGCCGCUGUGUGUGCUGGAUUGGAUCAGCCUGGCUGGCUGGCUGGCUGGCUGGGUGUGUGCACACCGAAUGUCUGUCAGCGAAUGAGUUGAGUGGGACAGAUAGACAGACAGACAGACCAAUGGCUGGAAGCUCGAGGGAGGAGGGGGGAGAGGGGAGUGUCGUGGGUGGUGCGGUUGGUGCAUUGACCGCAUCCUCCAUGUGUGUAUGUGCUUUUUUCCGCAGACUGACUUGGUGUGCUGGUGGGUGGGUGGACGGUGGAUGACUGUGUGAGAGUGUGAGUGUGCGUGUGUGCGUGGACCCAAGUGAACCGCGCUUCUGGGCAGCUGCACUGUGCUAUGCUAUGCUGCUGCGUGUCGGUGUCUGUCUGAUGUGGUGUGUGGAUGUCUGGAGGGAACUGCGUGUGUGUGUGUGUGGGGUGGGCUUCUCUUCUGUCUCUGGCUGGCUGGCUGGCUGGCUGGCUGAGGGCGUUUGGUCAUGUCAUAGUAGGUGGGUGCGCACACACGGACACUGCCAUGAUUGAUGACAUACACACACAUCCGCAAUGGACACACACAUGCGUGUGCUGCCCUCCCCUCCCUCCAUCCUUCCCGUGCGUGGCUAACUAAGUACUUAAGCGAACAACUACUUGCCUGCCUGUAAGCCUGCCUCUCCAUCUAGCUGCCUGUGUGUCGGUGUCUGUGUGUGUGUGUUUGCGGUGGGGCGAACACAGUGACCGAAUCAGUGACGUCAAUGACAGUCCGUCAUUA